AUGCCAACGUCUCCAACGUCCAGUAGUGAUCCUACUGUUAGUGCCCAUGGCUCUCCCCUGCAACACCCCUCGCUUCCUAGAGUCGUUAUCCCAGUUUUCCCGCAGUCAAGUCGUCCUCAAGGCAUGAAGAAGAGAGUCUUGGAUGCCGCGCCUCCCUCACCUCGUCAUAGGAUGACCAAGCGGACCCGGCACGCGUUUACCGCUAAGGAGAAGCUUCACUGGCUGGCCAUGCUGGAUUCUCAGCCAGAUCUCAGCAUCUGCGGCUUGGCGAGGCUCGCCAAGGUGCAGCCGAAGCAGAUCCGCGAGUGGAAGAGGCUUAAGGAGCGCCUCGAAGUGGAGGUUUUGGAGGAUGUCCUCGAGGAGGCAGAGGAUGGUCCCCUCCCCAACCCGUUCUACGAAGACCCCGCAGACGCCCCUGAGCCCGCAACCACCGAGGGGGAGGAGGAGGAAGAGGCCGAGCCUGGGCUUGAUGGGGAGGCGGAUGGGGUGGAUGCUGCGGCAGAGGGGCUUGAGGCGGCAUCCCUGGAGGAGGAGGAUGAGGCAGACGAGGUGAUGGGAGAAGCUGACGAAUGGAGCGACGAUGGGGAGGAGUGGUGGGCCCCUGGCCGCUUUGAUGGGGAGGAAGUGGAGGAGUGGGUGGCAGGCCAGGAGUAG